UUUGUUUCCCGAGAAGAGAGAGAGAGAGAGACCUACCAGUCCCAUUUUCCGUGUUCAGAGAGCGAAGUGGAAGGUGGUUCACGUUUUCGUCUAAUCUCCGACUAUCACUGAGAUUGGACCAUUUGGUUUCUGGGUUUCUUUUGGUCAGAUAAAGUUACAAGCUUGAGAAUUCUCGAUCUGUGGUUUUUGUUUCUGUUUCUUAUGAACUUCGAGUUUUGAAGAUGGAUCUAUCUUCUCAACGACAAUCCCCAAAUGGUUCUAGGGGUUUUCGUCUUCAAGCUCCAUUGGUGGAUUCUGUAUCUUGUUAUUGUAGAGUAGAUUCCGGUCUUAAGACUGUUGUAGAAGCAAGGAAGUUUGUUCCUGGUUCAAAGCUUUGUAUUCAACCUGAUAUCAAUCCCAAUGCUCAUAGACGUAAGAAUUCUAAGAGGGAGAGGACUAGAAUUCAACCUCCGCUUCUCCCUGGCCUCCCUGACGAUCUAGCUGUCGCUUGCCUUAUCCGUGUUCCUCGUGCAGAACAUAGAAAACUCAGGCUCGUGUGUAAGAGAUGGUAUAGGCUUGCUUCUGGGAACUUCUUUUACUCUCAAAGGAAGUUACUUGGGAUGUCUGAAGAAUGGGUUUAUGUUUUUAAAAGAGAUCGUGAUGGGAAGAUCUCGUGGAAUACGUUUGAUCCUAUCUCUCAGCUUUGGCAGCCGCUUCCACCUGUUCCAAGGGAAUAUUCAGAGGCUGUUGGGUUUGGUUGCGCUGUUUUAAGCGGUUGUCAUCUUUAUUUGUUUGGAGGUAAGGAUCCUUUAAGAGGGUCAAUGAGGAGGGUCAUUUUCUAUAAUGCAAGGACGAAUAAGUGGCACAGAGCACCGGAUAUGCUUAGGAAGCGGCAUUUUUUUGGUUGUUGUGUUAUAAACAAUUGUUUAUAUGUAGCGGGUGGGGAGUGUGAAGGAAUUCAAAGGACACUUCGCUCAGCUGAGGUUUAUGAUCCAAACAAGAACAGGUGGAGUUUUAUUGCUGAUAUGAGUACAGCAAUGGUGCCUCUGAUCGGUGUGGUUUAUGACAAAAAGUGGUUUCUCAAGGGUCUUGGGUCUCACCAACUAGUAAUGAGUGAAGCUUAUGACCCAGAAGUUAAUUCAUGGAGCCCGGUUAGUGACGGGAUGGUUGCUGGUUGGCGUAAUCCGUGUACUUCUCUAAACGGUCGUCUUUACGGAUUGGAUUGUAGGGACGGAUGCAAACUCAGGGUAUUUGAUGAAUCCACGGAUUCAUGGAACAAAUUCAUGGACAGUAAAGCUCAUUUGGGAAACUCGAAGUCGCUUGAAGCUGCAGCUCUUGUUCCUCUACACAAUAAGCUUUGUAUAAUCCGGAACAACAUGAGCAUGAGUCUGGUUGAUGUCUCGAAUCCUGACAAAAACAACCCUCGACUGUGGGAAAACAUUGCCGUAAAAGGACAGUCCAAGAGCAUUCUCAGUAAUAUAUGGUCGAGUAUUGCAGGGAGAGCUUUGAAGAGCCAUAUAGUGCAUUGUCAAGUGCUUCAAGCGUGACAAAAAUGUUCUGAAACUCAACAAUGGAGCCAAUGUUCAGAAGAAAUCAGCCACCUUGAGCUUCCAAGAAGGAUACAUAUCUGACUCAAGAACUGUUUCAGUCUUUCAGAGUCAUGCAAAGGAGAACUCACGUCUGGCCUUUAACAGAUCACAGGCGAGACGAAGAGAGAGCAAGACAGUGAGGUGGGUUACAUUUGUUCACCAUUUCUUCUGGUGUUAAAAUCUGUGUUAGUAUUUAUAGGAAUCGCUUUAAUGGUUUUGGCAAUUUGUUAUAGCAUUUUGUUGACAUUUUCUUCUGUGAUUUGUAAAUCUUAAAUCUUUCUUCUCUUUGGGCAGUAUAACAUAAUCUGAUUCGAAUAAUUAAGAUAGUAUCUUUUCC